AUGGAUCCAGAAGAUGAGACUAAGACUAUGAAGAAUAACCAGGUUCAAGUGCAUGAAUCUAACAUAUCCCUCGAGGAUGGAACUAGACACCCGGAAACAGUGCCAGACCCUGCUCCCAACGGAGGGCGUAAUGCCUGGAUGCAGGUUAUAGGAGCAUUCGUUCUUACUCAAAAUACAUGGGGCCUCGUUAUGGCUCAUGGAGCCUUUCAAGCGAGUUAUUCCAUGAGCAUCCUCUCAAGCUCAUCCCAAUCAGCUCUCUCAUGGAUUGGUUCAACCCAAGCCUUCCUUAUCCUCUUUGUUGGAAUUUUCUCCAGCAGAGCGGCCAAUGCAGGCCACUUUUAUCAUGUUACAGUGAUAGGAAUACUCUUGCAAGUUCUCGGACUCGUCAUAACGUCAUUCAGCACGAAGUAUUAUCAAUUUCUUCUAGCAGAAGGGCUUUGUGUUGGAAUUGGAUCUGGUUUAUUAUUUGCGCCUGGAAUUACAAUCGCUGCGUCCUGCUUUUCAACGAGACGUCCAUUGGCAACUGCCAUAGCUAUUUCAGGAGCCGCGAUAGGGGGGAUCGCUUUCCCAAUAGUAAGCUACUGGCUUAUCGCUGCAGUUGGUUUCCCAUGGGCGGUACGAAUAAUCACAUCCCUCAUGCUCCUCACUUCAGGCUCUACCAUAUACACCUUACGGGUAAACCCUUCUUUCCCUGCAGCCCAAAAUAAAUGGCAGCUGCUGGAUUUUAGCAGCUUCAAAGACCCUGUCCAUUGUACAUUUGUGAUUGGAACCACACUUGGGUUCAUUGCUGGUUUUAUUCCGUUCUUCUACGCUCCGACGUACGCUCUCGGACUAGGACUCAGGUCAGAACUAGCCGGCUACUUUCUGAGUGCAAUAAAUACGGCGAGUUUGAUAGGAGGCUUUGCUCUGUCGAUUAUUGCUACCAGGGUUGGAAAUCUAAACACCCUCAUCUUCUUUACAAACAUCUCUGGGAUUAUCUUUAUCUCCAUUAUACUCGCGCAAAAUGCAGUGGGGCUUAUCAUAGCAUCAUUAAUCUAUGCGUUCGUUGCUGGAUACCAACUAUUGCUUGUUCUUACCGCUGUGGCAUCUAUCAGCCUUGAUACCAGUCCAACGAGUAGCCAAGCUCGUACAGCGCUCGUCCUCGGAUCCCUUGGUGCCUUAAUUGGAACUCCAAUUGCUGGAGGGAUUCUACUUUGGCAAAAUCGCAAUCUAUCCACCAAGGAUAUCACAGAGUGGAACUUUACAUUGACUUUACUCUCGUCUGGGAUAGUUAUUCUUAUAUGUGGGUCUGGAAGGCCUAUCCAACUCAAAGAAUAUACAGAAAUGGCAAGACGAGAAGUUCCCUGA